AUGUCACCACACUUUUCAUUUGUCUCGCUAGGUAUACCCGCUCGCGCUCCACUACGUUAUCCGGCUCUGUCCAUGCCAGGGAGUUCUCUGGUGCGCUUCAUGCCUGUAUCCGCCUUGUCCAGCGCACAUCGUUACCUCGUAACAUCCACUCUUCCUCAUCUAAGGAGUACCGGAGAUUUGGCAAAAAAAAAAACUUAUCCUGCUUUGUGGGGUUUAUACAGAGAUGGUCUCCUUCCUGAAAAUACUAAAUUUUUUGGUUAUGCAAGAUCUGCUCUCACUAUUGAAGAAAUUAAAGAGAACUGUCGUCCUUUCAUGAAUGUAAAGUCUGAGGAAGAAACUAACUAUCAAAAUUUCUGGAGGAAUCAUUUCUAUGUUCAAGGAACAUACACUCAAUUAACAGAUUUUCAUAAACUGAAUGAAGUACUAUGUUCUUAUGAACCAGAAAAUGGAGCUAAUAGGAUAUUUUAUCUGGCAUUGCCACCUAGUGUGUUUGAAGUAGUAACUACUAAUUUGAGAAAGUCAUGUGUUUCAAAAAAGGGUUGGACUAGAAUAAUUGUUGAAAAGCCUUUUGGGCAUGAUGAUGCAAGCUCUGAAAAACUAUCCCUCCAUUUAGCAUCACUAUUUUCCGAAGAUCAAGUUUUUCGUAUUGAUCAUUAUCUUGGAAAAGAAAUGGUUCAGAAUUUAAUGAUACUGAGGUUUGGGAAUGGUUUGUUUAGCCCUACUUGGAACCGUUUGUUUGUAGCAUCUGUUCAAAUUACUUUUAAAGAACCAUUUGGCACUGAAGGUCGUGGUGGUUAUUUUGAUAAAUUUGGUAUUAUAAGGGAUGUUAUGCAAAAUCAUCUUUUACAAAUAUUGUCUCUUGUUGCAAUGGAAAAGCCACCCUCUAUUCACCCAGAUGACAUCAGAAAUGAAAAAGUAAAAGUUUUGAAGUGUAUCAAACCUAUUAAAAAAGAAGAUGUUGUAUUAGGACAGUAUGUUGGAAACCCCAAUGGUAAAACUGAUGAAGAAAAAAAAGGAUAUCUUGAUGAUCCUACUGUUCCGAAUGAUUCCAUUACUCCUACUUAUUGCACUGCUUUGUUGAAAAUAGAUAAUGAACGUUGGGAAGGAGUGCCUUUUAUAUUGCGAUGUGGAAAAGCACUCAAUGAAAGAAAAGCAGUUAUAAGAAUUCAAUACAAUGAUGUUCCUGGUGACAUAUUUGAUAAGCAAUGUAAACGUAAUGAGCUUGUCAUCAGAGUUCAACCUAAUGAAGCAGUUUAUGUCAAAAUGAUGACUAAAACACCUGGAAUGUCAUUUGAUAUGGAAGAAACAGAACUAGAUCUCACAUAUAGUAAUCGUUACAAAGUAUGA